CGAGCUUACACCAGGGUUUACGGAAAGAGAAGCAUGAGUAUCGCACCAGCGUCAACGAAAUGCUUCUGGUACCCGGAAUUCUGGUUCUGCUCGCCGCAUGUGCGCAGUCCGAGAGAGAACCCGACCAGCUGCCGCUAGGCAUCAAGGGACACGGAAUCAUGGACCUGCACAAAGGAGACACUGCUCUUGUAUUCUACGUGACGGUGACCAACCUAGGCCACGACCCCCUCUCCCUGUCACUCGUGAGCCGCUUGUGUUGCCAGCAAGUAGCACCCGGCGACGUCGACUGUGACUCUAUGUUGCUGAUCGGGGGCGACAUGGGAGACAUUUAUCCGGGCGACAGCCAGAAUCUUACGGCCUACUACCCAAAUUUGUACCUCGUGGACCGGGUGGGUUACUGCGAGUUAGAGAUCGCAGUACCUGAUGGCGAGAAGCUGCUUCACACGGUUGCCUUCAACACGACAGUGCCCAGGGCAGGAUCCAGUGCGCCCCCUUUCCUUCGUGACUUCUUCACUCCGGCUGAGCUGAAGACGUGCCGCAGCCCCGACAUGGACCCGACGCGGUCGUGCCAGCCCGUGCUGUGCGACAUCAAGUACAGCGGCGUGCGGAACUUCUUCAACGAGACGAGCCAGCGUUGCGAGCCCACGGCCAACUGCUGGGACAAUGCCGAAGAGGAGAUGGUGUACCUGGCUGGCAGCAACACGUGCCGACGCGUGGGCGAGGUGUUGUCGGAAGAAGAGUUGGACUACUUUGACAGCUUCCAGGACAAAAAGUCACCGCUUCGAUCCAUGCACGGGUACCCCAUUAAGGUGAACUGCCACAAGGGGCGUCCGGAUCCCGGGAACGGCUGGUGCCUGUGCGACCCAGGUUGGGAGAGCGACCCGCUGGAGCACCAAGGCUUCAACCCGGACUUGAUGGUGUACCACAUGUGCACCGUCUACGUCGGCAUCACCACGGCAGCUACCGGCAACUCCUCUUCACCGGCCCACCGUCACCGGCACCGAAAGAAAGGUCACAUCGCCUACAUCCCCAAGAAGCGUCGCCGAGGAGAGCUCGAACGCGGAGCAAAGCUGAUGUUGCGAGGGAAGUCCGGAGUGACCGGCGGGACAGCUGACUCGCCUGCCGAUGACGACGCCGCAUCUGGCGACGCCGGAGCUGAUGGAGGCGGCCCGUCGUGGUACAGCUCGUACGUCAGCGACGCGCAGAUGAAGAACGUAGUACUACCUGCACUGAUCGUGGUGGUGGCCCUGUUAUCGUGCCUCGUGAUUACCCUGUGCGGCGUGGUCGCCUUCGAGUGCCACAAGGUCAACGUGGUGUCGACGGAUUCGGCACUCUGAA